AUGGAGCAAGCGAAUGCAUGGGUUGGCGAAAGCGCACCCGGCCCUGCGACUUGUAGGGAAGGCGCAUCGCUCUUUCUCGACGAUCCCCUUCGCAACGGAGUGCUACAAGCUCCAGCCCCUCCACUCACGGCCUCCGAUGAUGAGCCACUGUACGUCAACGCAAAGCAGUACGCACGUAUAUUGAAGCGCAGAGCCGCGAGGGAGAGGAUCAACGAGGCCAAAUUGGCGGCUUGGCACGCUUCACAGGCCAGCGGCGCUGGCGCCGAUCUUGGCAAGCCAUACGCGCACGAAUCGCGGCAUAAGCAUGCAAUGAGAAGGCCAAGAGGUCCUGGAGGCCGCUUUCUCACCGCUAUAGAGAUCCAAGAGAUAAGGGACAAGGGUCAGAUUUAA